UACUAAACGCCGGAGUGUGCGUACGCGUCGCGUUGUUAACUGUUACAUAACGGUGAAUGAAUUUGUACCGUUCCGUAUAUAAAUCACCUUGAAUAUAAACGAUGAUAUCCGAAGCUACGAUCAAUAACAAGAUGUGAUAAGAUAAUUACAUGUUAUAAAUUAAUAAGAAGAUUUUUAAUAAAUAUACAUUGAUAUCCACUUAACGUUGCUAGAAAGAGAAUAUAAUACAUAAGCAAAAAAUAUUGUGGAACCAUUGUUAUCUGACAGAAUUGUGUUUAAUAAAUGUCCAGUAAAAAAAAGUGAAAAAAUAUAACAUUGAAUACAAAAUAAUGUAUCUCGUUCACCUUCAAGGAAAAAUACUGAAGGUAAACUUUUGUACUUGAACUAUCUGUGAUCGUAAUAUAAAUUACAAUAUUAAAAUAAUAUUAACCGUAAACACAACUAUCAUCAGUGAAUUUGUCGAUUUAAAACGAAUUUUGUUAUUUAUCUGUGAGCAUUAAUCUGCGGUGCAGGAUGGAUUUAACGAUUGUAAUAUUAAUUUAUACGAUCAUUUUAAUAUUAUUAUCAUUUUGGAUAUAUUGCAAAAUAACUUGCGGCAUUUGUGAAUAUAGUGGACAUUUAAUCGGAAAGACUGUUAUCGUAACCGGUGCAAACUCAGGUAUAGGUUACGAAACCGCUAAAGAUCUCGCCCAGAGGGGUGCUAAAGUUAUAUUAGCCUGCAGGAAUCUAGCGCGAGGAGCAAGUGCUAGAGACAAAAUUAUUGCCUCUUCAAACAACAACAAUGUACACUUACUCCAUUUAGAUUUAGCUUCGCUCGCAUCUGUGAGAAGAUUUGUUGAUAGCAUUGUGCAAAACGAAGAGCGCUUAGAUAUUCUUAUAAACAAUGCUGGACAAUACUACACUGAAAAUAAGAAGACGGAAGACGGAUUGGUACUUGGGAUGCAAGUUAAUUACUUCAGUUCAUUUCUUUUAACAUCGCUUCUACUCCCUUUAUUAAAAGCAUCAGCACCGAGUCGAAUAAUUAACGUUUCAUCAAUUGUGCACUUUUAUGGGAGAACAGACUUAAAUAAUUUAAACACGGAAUACAGUGGUAUUUUUAAUUCACACAUAGUUUACGCUACUGCAAAGCUCUGUUUGCUACAAAUGACUAUGGAAUUAAAUCGCAGAUACAAGUUCACGGGCUUAACAGCGUACGCUCUUCAUCCUGGAGUUGUAAACACGGAAAUGGUUCAACACUUAAAUUCGUGGUUCAUUAGAAAUGUUUUAAAAAUUUUCCAAACAUUCCAUAAAACACCAUGGGAAGGAGCACAAACUACGAUAUAUUUAGCUGUAUCGCCUGAAAUCAAUAAGAGUGGAUUUUUUUUCAAAGAUUGCCGCGAAGCGAGAUGUAGUAGAGCUGUACAAGAUUUGGAGAGUGCCACUAAACUAUGGGAGCUUUCAGAAAGGUAUGUAAAUUUGAAAUAAAGCCAGUUAUUUGACAAAAAAUAACGAGAAAAUAUUAAUUUUAAGCGAUACAAAUAAAAUAAACAACAGGGCUUAAAUAAAAAUAAAUCGCAGCAGAACGUUGCGAGAAAAGUGUCAACUUGUCACUUGAAUAUCAAAGCUCAGAGGAAUAACUAUAAA